AUGUCGAAUCAGCAGGGCCUUGACUGGAGAACUGCUAUUACAGGUGUCUCCGUCAUUGUCUCUGUCGCAUCGCUCUUCUACGCUUACAAAACAUCUUCAAGAUUGACAGACCUUGCGCCACCGAAGAAUGGAGUCGAGGAGCUGAUUGGUAAUACACCGAUGGUGCUCUUGCCUUCGUUAUCCAAAUUCACAGGAUGCAAGAUUUAUGCUAAACUAGAACUUGCAAAUCCUGCAGGCAGUGCUAAGGACCGCGUAGCGUUGAAUAUCGUGCGUACCGCCGAAACGCAAGGCCUACUGACACGCGGGCACCGUGAUGUGGUAUUCGAGGGAACUAGCGGGUCGACUGGGAUUUCCAUUGCCACAAUUUGUAACGCUCUGGGCUAUCAGUCCCAUAUCUCGUUGCCUGACGAUACCUCGCCGGAGAAACUUGCUCUUUUGGAGUGCCUUGGCGCCCACGUCAAGAAGGUCAAGCCGGCAAGCAUAGUUGAUCCAGACCAGUACGUAAACGCUGCUAAGAAGGCGUGCAAGUUGCUAAAUGAAGAGGGCCAUGGAAAUAAGGGCAUAUUCGCGGACCAGUUCGAAAACGAAGCCAACUGGACUAUUCAUUACCAAAACACUGGACCUGAAAUUUACCAGCAGCUAGGUGGGCGGAUCAAUGCCUUCAUUGCUGGCUGCGGCACCGGUGGUACCAUUGGCGGGGUAUCGCGCUACUUGAAGGAGCGCCUGGGUGACAGUGUGCAUACGAUACUGGCUGACCCACAGGGAUCUGGGUUUUAUAAUCGGAUCAACUAUGGUGUAAUGUACGACCAUGUGGAAAAGGAGGGCUCCCGCCGUCGGCACCAAGUUGAUACAAUAGUCGAGGGUAUCGGCUUGAACCGCAUUACCCGCAACUUCAAAUGCUGCGAAGAAUAUAUUGACUCCUCCAUCCGUGUAACAGAUGAGCAGGCAAUUAAGAUGGCCAAGUAUCUCUGUGUAAACGAUGGACUGUUCAUUGGUAGUAGCACGGCAGUGAAUGCAGUGGCUGCUGUCCGUGUCGCCCAGGAGAUGCCUGCAGGGAGUACUCUGGUGCUCAUCGCCUGCGAUAGCGGCUCUAGGCACUUGAGUAAAUUUUGGAAAGAAGCGUCUGCUGUUAGAAACGAUAUACAGCUAUGUGACAUAGUAUAA